AUGGCCAAGGCGACGGACUUGGACCUUGUGAGCUUUAUUGUGCCGAACGGAUUUUCACAUACAAUUCGGUGCUGGUCUGGGAAUGACGUGGCGACCUCAGGGCUGCCAUGGCACGCGUCCAUCUACCUGCAGCUAGAUGAGGUGCCCGGAGCCUUCCAAUACCUGUGUGCUGGAGUCCUCGUCACUGACCGACACCUCCUAACAGACAUGUCCGGACUGGAAGGCGAGGCCCCCGACUACGAGCGCAGGCCGCCGUCCCAGCUGUUCGUCGUGCUGGGCGCUGCCACGGCCAACUGGGAUCCCGAUGCACCUGGUGCUGUCAUAAGCAAGGUGUCCCGUGUCCUGGUGGACGACGCGUACUCUUCAGUCUACGCCGCCUACGAGCACAGUCUGGCCGUGGUGGAGAUGGAGGUGCCGCUGGCCCUUACGGACUCUGUGCGGCCAAUCUGCGUCGACAGCGGCGCCCAACCGCAGCACGGGGACAUUUCAUAUAUGGUCGCUCCAGAUUCGAACAAAAAUCUCACUCUGAAACUGCAGAGGUUAAAACACAUCAGCCGAGAGGACUGCAUCGGCGACUCGAUAUAUGCACGGGUACCUGAACACAAAUUCUGCGCUGACAGCUCAGAUGAGCCGGUGUGCCAGCACGCGAGGGGCAGCGGCUUGGUGUGGCGCGCCGCCGACGGCCGCUGGCUGCUGGGGGGCGUGGCCAGCGUGAACACGGCGCACCGCGACUGGGACCAGCCCGGCCGCUGCGUCGCCGGACGGCACGUCUUCAGCGACGUCGGCAGCCAACUGCCGCUGCUGCGCCGCCUGCUGCUCUCCUCGUGCUUCAGCGGGCGGCCCUCGACGGCGCCGUGGCACGCGCAGCUCUACCUGCGCACCAAGGAGCGCCGCGGGCACGAGUACGCAUGCGCAGCUGCCCUGCUCACUCAUCGUUACCUUCUCACCGACGGCAGCUGUUUUAAAGGGAGAACUGCCAACAAUUCGACUGACGCCUCGGGGUUCGUCGUGGCUCUGGGGAAGAAGGUGAAGAGCCUACAGGCGAGAGAGACAGGCUCUCAGAUUCUAAAGGUCUCGCGCGUCGUGUUACAAGAGGGGGGACGCGGCCUGGCGAUCGUGGAACUGGAGGUACCGGCGGUUCUGGGAGACAGCGCGGCAGCCGUGUGUCUCAACACGGCGAGCCAGCGGCCGCUAGCUGACGGAGUGCCUGCCGUGGUGGCGACUUUCAGCCCUACAGAAAACUCUGCACUGAAGCUGCUGUACGUGAACGUCGUAGAUUCCGACAAGUGUCUAGUCGAAAAGCCAGACUUCAAGACAUUCUUAUCAGAUGCCAAAUUUUGCGCCACCGACAAGAAAGCUGCUGUGUGCCAAGGCAACGAGGGUUCGGCCAUGCUGACUCGGGCCCCGGACCGCGGCGCCUGGUGGACGCUGAGGGGCGUCUUGGCGCCGACGCCACGGCCUCCCAGUAGCGACGACGCCUGCCCCAAGGGCAACGCCCUCUUCACCUCGGUGGACCACUCGCUGCGCUGGAUCCUCGAUACCCUACAACGCCUUUCCGUUCCACGAUCCUUGCUGAAACCUGAAGGAGUCAGAGGUACGUAA